AUUGAGGAUAAACUCAAAGUUAUUCUACAGCCAUUCUCACCUCAUUCAUCCAUACCAUCUGAAUGAGCGCUGCAUAACGACGCGACAGCGUUCAAGUGAAUGUAAUCUGGUCUGGUGCAGUGGUACGGUUUUUAUUGAUUGCUGGUGCGGCGCGCGCGUUUAAUGGAUUAAAAUGUGAAUCUGUGAGUUUACUUUGCAUUAAAGGCUGAUAUCUGACUGACAUCAUUCAGCAGGCAGGUCUGGAACAGGAUUUUCAAGAUGGAGUUCUGGGUUUUGCCUGUAUGCCGGAUCAUCUUCACGUUGAUGUUGAUGCUAACGUCAUCCACUUUUCAGGGGGUAGCGAGCCAGACGCAGAGCACUUAUUUCCUACCUGAAUUUGCACUUUCUCCACAAGGAAGCUUUCUGGAAGACACAACAGGAGAGCAGUAUCUCACCUAUCGCUAUGAUGACCAGUCCUCAAGAUCUACUCGCUCAGAUGAGGACCGGGACACAGGCUGGGAUGCCUGGGGAAUGUGGAGUGACUGUUCUCGUACCUGUGGGGGCGGAGCCUCCUAUUCUCUACGGAGGUGUCUCAACGGAGGGAACUGUGAGGGCAAAAACAUCCGCUACAGAACAUGCAGCAACACAGACUGUCCUCCAGAGUCAGGUGACUUCAGGGCUCAGCAAUGCUCUGCCCACAAUGAUAUAAAGUACCAGGGACAAACCUAUGAGUGGAUACCGGUGACAUAUGACCCUAUUUCACCCUGCGCCCUCAGAUGCCAAACUCGGGGAAAAAGCCUGGUGGUGGAACUGGCACCCAAAGUGUUGGAUGGCACCCGGUGUAAAGCAGAUUCACUGGAUAUGUGCAUCAGCGGCAUCUGUCAGGAAGUUGGCUGUGACAGACAACUGGGCAGCAACGCCAAAGAGGACAACUGUGGCAUCUGCGCUGGAAAUGGCUCCACUUGCCGACUGGUCCGAGGCCAGGUGCUGCCCCACAUCUCACCUGAAGAAUCCAUGAAGACGGUGAUUGAAGUGCCUAUGGGUAGCAGAGGUCUCAGAAUUACAGCCAAGGGACCAGAUGUGAUUGUUAUCGAAGCCCAUGCACCAAACAGCAAGGGAGAGGAGGUCGUGUUCAGCUCUUCUGGUUCUCAAACUCUGGGUAACAACACUGUAGAGUACCAGAGAGCAGUAGACAGACAAACCCUCCGCUGCCAUGGACCGCUGUCUGCAGACUUCACCAUUAAGGUGAAGUACGCUGGCCCUAAAGACACAGUGAUACAGUUCAUAUUUUAUCAGCCCAUUCGCUACCAGUGGAGAGAGACUGACUUCUUUCCCUGCUCUGUCACCUGUGGAGGGGGUUAUCAGCUCAAUUCGGCCGAUUGCGUGGACAUCCGUUACAACAAAGUGGUUGCGGAGCACCUCUGCCACAGCUACCCAGAGAACACCAAACCCAAGCCCAAACUGAAAGAGUGCAACAUGGAUCCCUGCCUUGAAAGUGAUGGCUUCAAGGAAGUGAUGCCCUAUGACCAUUUCCAGCCUCUUCCACGGUGGGAGCAGAAUCCAUGGACGUCAUGUUCAGUGUCGUGCGGAGGAGGCACACAGGAGAGAAGUGUUGUGUGUGUAGAGGAGGACGUCCAUGGUCAAAUCGUGCAGGUAGAGGAUUGGAAGUGUGCGCACUCUUCUCUACCAAUCAGCAAACAGAGCUGCAACACGUUUGAGUGUCCGAAGUGGAUGGCUAUGGAGUGGUCUCAGUGUACAGUUACCUGCGGCCCAGGUCUGCGUUAUAGGGUCGUGUUGUGCGUGGACCACAGGGGGCAACAUACCGGCGGCUGCAACACCCACCUUAAACCCCAUAUCAAAGAGGACUGCCUGGUACCCAUCGCCUGCCACAAACCAAGAGAAAACCAACCUGUCGAAGCCAAACUGCCCUGGUUAAAACAGGCUCAAGAGCUGGAAGAAACCAAAGUGGCCUUGGAAGACCCAACGUUCAUUCCAGGUCCGUGGUCGGCCUGCAGUGUGUCCUGUGGUCUGGGAAUGCAAAGGCGUCAGGUGAAAUGCAAAGUGCUGCUAUCUUUUACUCAAUCUGAAGUCGAACUACCUGAUGGAGAAUGUGAAGAGGAGAAGCCUCCCUUGCAAAGGGCCUGUGAUUUGGGCCCCUGUUCUCCAGACUCACCGUGGUGGCCUCUGGGGCUCCAAGACAUCCCUGAGCAGCACGGCUAUGUUUGGGAAUAUAUGGGCUUCUCUCCUUGCUCUGCAUCCUGUGCUGUUGGCAAGCAAUUGGCCGUUGUCAGGUGUGUGAGCACUUCGAAAAAGGAAAUUGUCGAUGACACACUCUGCAACGGCUCAAAAGCAGCCCUCUCUUUGCUACGCAUCUGUAACCCUCAGCCAUGUCCUGCAAGGUGGGAGGUGAGCCUGUGGAACCCAUGUUCUUUGUCAUGCGGUGUGGGACUGCAGACGCGCAGUGUUUCCUGUGUGAGACUUGUCGCAGGAAACCACACUGAACCAGCAUCCAGCAAAGACUGCGUGGACACCAGACCUCCAGAAUUGCAGGCCUGCAACCAGGUGACUUGUCCCCCAUCCUGGGAGGCUGAGGAAUGGCAACAGUGCUCUCAUUCAUGCGGAAGAGGUACUCAGUGGCGUAAAGUUUACUGUAAACAGAGACUAGCUACUGGAAGCUACAGCAGGUUGAGAGAUGAGGAGUGUGCUGGAAUCAAACCUGCAGCCCACAGGACAUGCACCAACUCUGACUGCCGGCUGCCUCGCCUGGAAGGGGGAGAAUGGUCCAAGUGCUCUGUGACAUGUGGUAAAGGUGUUCAGCGGAGGGAACCUGUGUGUAGGAGACAGACACCAUCCGGUCAGCUGGUCACUCUGGACCGGUCAGCCUGCAGUGAAUAUCCCCUUCCUCCCCUGAUUAGGAGCUGCCGUAUGCCCCCCUGCAGCAAGCACAAAUACUCCAAAAAACGUUGCCCUCAAGUCAUCGGCCUGAAACGCAUCUACAUCCAGACCAUACAAGAAAAACUUCUUAGUUUUACUAUUGGUGGACGAGCUUACCUUCUUCCCAAGACCUCAAUCCUUAUCAAGUGUCCUGUUCAUCAUUUCCCGAAAGCUCAGAUCCGCUGGGAGAAGGAUGGUAGUGAUCUGAAAAGUUCAAAGCGUCUGAGCAUCACCAAGUCUGGGGCUUUGAGGAUCUACAACCUGAAGGCUGUAGACAUUGGGAUUUACCGUUGCUGGGCGAACCAAGAUUCAGACACCUUUAUCCUCAAGUUAAUUGGCUACAAUAAUAGACUCCUGGAACAUCCUGAAGGGCAGGGAUUGGAAAAAAAGAAAAGUGGUAAUGUCCAUCCUUACCUCAAUAAAGAGGGGGGUUAUGUUGGUGUGAAGUGCCCUGAACAGAGACAGAUUUCACUUGAAAAGAAGGUUCCAAAAUCUGUCCCAAGCUGGGUGCAGAAAAAUAAGUUUUAUAGAGAUGAUGUUAGCCAACCUAAGCAAUUGUGGGACACUCUUGCUUUGGGGAACUAUCCUUUGGCUUCAGGGGCCAGGGGGCGUACAGGGUUCUAUGUCCUUGAACCAGCACAGUUUGAGGAGCUUGUGAGAAACAUCAGUCAGCUGGCAGAAAGUGGGGAUGUGUCAGAUGAAAUGGCAUCACAACUAAUUGGAAAACUAAUGGAGGAUUUGGCUGCCACAGAGGAAGGGGCAUCUACGAUGGACAAUCAUUUAGACAGGAUGCCAAACUCUUCCCAACUUUCUGGUGGAAAGGCAAUGAAAAAAGGCAGUCGAGCUGUAAUAAUUCGUCAAAAGCAUAACGGAUAUGCAAUGAGCUUCCAGAGGGAUCUCAGGAUCAAUGUGGGGAGGACCGCUUACCUAACCAAUGCUACCCACAGCCUCACCCUGAUUUGUUCCACUCAGGGAGUACCUCCUCCAGCACUUUCCUGGAGCAAAGAUGGAGUUCCACUACAGAACACUGAAAGGGUAUCGUGGGACAGCGGUGGAGAAGUACACAUCUCUCGCCCCGGUGCCAGAGACAUGGGCAUCUACAGGUGCACAGCCACCAAUGAGUUGGGGUCUGAUUCAGAGAUGACACAAGUUCUGUUGGCUGAACCUCCUACAAUCGCUGUUUCGCAGAGCAACACAUCGGAUCUGAACAGUACCAUUAUGAAUGUGGUGGUCGGAGGUGUUGUCAGUGCCCGUUUAGGUGCCAACAUUACUCUGCAAUGCCCUGUCAAAGGUGUUCCUCAGCCAACAGUGAGUUGGCACCGUAAGGAGGGCCCGUUGAACGCCAACACUUGUCCCCUCCUGGACGGGUCUUUGCUGCUGAGAAACCUCACAUUGCAGGACUAUGGCACCUACUCAUGCGUGGCUGCCAACAAUAUUGGAAAAUCGGUGGCCUCCAGCCUGCUACGUGUGUCGGGAGGAACUGUGGGUGAAUCUGAGCACCAGCCUUCAAAAGAGAUGUACAGGAGGAGAGUUCUGAUGGCCUCUCUGAUCGGUACCAGCAUCGCAGUCAAACCUGGAGACAUGUUAAGAAUAGGUUGUCCAGUGGUCCCCAGCCACAGGAAGCCCAUCACAUGGUCCUAUCAGAACCAGACUCUGAAGCAGAGCCCAGGCGUGAGGUACCGCAUGCUGGUGGGGGGACGUGUUCUGGAGAUGAACUCGCACGGAGGCAAAUUUUCUGGCCGCUAUGAAUGCCAGACACAGACCAACAACCAGCGGCUCACGGCUUGGGUUCACGUGCGCUCAAAAGAGUCAGAGUGGCGUUUGGGGGAGUGGAGCACAUGCAAUGCUUCCUGUGGCAAUGGAGGGAUUCAGAUGAGGAAGGUGCGAUGUCUGACGACAGAUGGCCAAGAGAUGCCCUCCUCAGUCUGCCGUCAUCUUCCCAAACCGAUCAGCCAACCACGGGCUUGCAACCUCCUGGACUGUCCUCCCAGUUGGGUGUCCACAGUGUGGUCGAAGUGCUCCAGUUCCUGUGGGCGGGGCUUCAGAGAGAGGAGGGUCUCUUGUCAGCAGGUAGAGGCAGCUGGGAGUGUGAGGGUUCUGCCCACCUCAGCCUGUAAAGAGACACCUCGACCUGAAGAUAGGGAAGAGUGCACCUCACACACCUGUGUGGAGUGGCUCACUGGCCCCUGGGGGAAGUGCACGGGCCGUUGUCUGGGGCCUGCGAUGGCCACACAGAGCCGGACAGUGUCAUGCCGACAUUUCAGCAAUUCCACAUCCAAAACAUGCGACCCAAAAGAAAGGCCACUCUCUGUGAGGAACUGUUCAUCCAAGAUGUGUGAUGUACACUGGAAGGUGUUGCCAUGGAGAAUGUGUACGGUGGCCUGCGGCAGCGGCUUCCAGUCCCGCCGAGUGGAAUGUGUCCAUCGACAGAACAAAAAAACUCUCCCCGACCAGCACUGUGCCUGGCAACGGCGGCCUGUUACCUGGCAACACUGUAACAUCACUUCCUGUAGCAGUGAGUGUAAGGACAGAACUCGUUAUUGUAUUGUGGUGAAAAGUCUCAAGCUAUGCCUAGUGGACCUGUACCGACAACGCUGCUGCCAGACCUGCUCACAGGACAUUAGCGCCACCUAGUGAACAGCAGAGGGACUGCUCAAAUCUCAAGCAGAUGCCCUUUGCAAUCAUCACAUUGAUUGUCUUUUGUAAUACAGAAUAAUGUUGUUUAAAUCCUGUGAACCCUUGGACACUUGGAGUGCAUUGGAAUACAAGAUGUGGUUAUAGGUGUCCGAUGAGUGAAUUCUGGACUAAACUUCACUGGAUGCUCUCAUCAGAUGUCCAAAGAGAAAAACACUUCAUAAGACUUGAGACUUUUCACCUGAUUUUCAGAUCUCAUUUUAUCUCAGCCCUAAAAGUGAUUUAUGUGUUAUAAUUUAAGAGACAUGCAUUUAUUAUUAUUAUUAUUAUUUUAUUUUUUUAUUAAUUAUUAUUAUUAUUUUUUAUUUUAUUUUUUGCUGUGGAUAUGAGAAGACAAAUCCUGUUGGACCAUUCACUUAUGUGAAGGAAGUUUAAAAUGAAUGCAUCUUGGGUGGACAUAAUGUGGUGAAUUGUACAGUAGAAUGUAUGACAGAAAUCCAGUUGGAUGAAAUGGCAAGUCAUUUCCUCAGCUUUCUUCUAGAUGUACUUUUUUUUUUUUUUUUUUUUUUUUUUAAACCAAUGUUGCUGCAUUGUAAAAUAUGUCUUGUAUAUAAUGCGUUUUAAGUGCAAUAUUGUACAUUGAGUGUAGAAAGUUUGGAUUUUAUUUUCUUACCUCUUGUUUAGUUUGACUUUAUAAUCCAUAUUUAAGAUUAAAAUCAGCGAAAACCUACAUACACAUAGCACUUGAUGUGGAUUACCCAUAUCUGUAAUAUAAUGGUUUCCUACUGGCUUUAUAUGCAUGCAUUUUAAUUACUUGUGAAAAAUGUUGUAAUGGCCACCCACAGAAAUGCAGAUAGUCUGCCAUAUUUCCUUUGCUACUGAUAUGUAUGAAGUUAAUCCAUUGCAUUUUUAUUGCUGCUGUACAUGACUUGGUUGAAGAAACGGCAGUUUGCAACGACAUAUAUAUAUAUAUAAAAAAAACUAAAAAAAACCUCUCUAUGUGAUACAAAUACAAUAAAAAUGGU